AUGGCAACUACGCGUAGGAAGAUGAUUGUCUUUCCGAGCAAGAACGAACUGUCGGAGGCAAUGGCUAAGUACACAGCCAACCUCUCCGCCAAGUUCUGUAAACAGAAAGGCCUUUUCACCGUUGUUCUUUCCGGAGGUGACCUCAUCGAUUGGCUUAGCAAGUUGGUGCAACCUCCUUACAUUGAUUCAGUCGAAUGGUCAAAGUGGCACGUCUUUUGGGUCGACGAGAGGGUUUGUUCAUGGGAAGAUCCUGACAGCAACUACAAACUCGCCAUGGAUAGUUUUCUCUCCAAGGUACCGAUUCCACACAAGAACAUCUACGCAAUCGACAAAAACUCAGCCACCGAUGGUGAUGCCGAGCACUGUGCGGUGCUCUACGAGGAGUGCCUGAAGAAUCUGGUGAAGGAAAACAUAAUUCCAAUAUCUCCAAAGACCGGAUAUCCUCAGUUCGAUCUACAGCUUCUAGGGAUGGGUCCUGAUGGCCACAUGGCAUCUCUCUUCCCUGGACAUCCUCAGAUCAACGUGAAGGACAAAUGGGUCACUCACAUUACCGAUUCUCCAAAACCGCCACCAAAGAGAAUCACAUUCACUUUACCAGUCAUCAACUCGGCUUUGUACAACCUUAUGGCCGUUUGUGACAAGGAACAGGCUCAUGUUGUCUCUGAGAUCAUGAAGGAAAACAAACCCUUACCUUCUGCUCGUCUUAGUGCCCAAGUUGAAAAUGUUUGGUAUCUUGACCAAGCAGCUGCUUCCAUGCUCUAG